UCUGUCUCUCUUUCUAGAUUUCUCUCUCUCUCUCUUUUUCUCUUGCUCGUUCACCGAAGCAGGAAGGAAGCUAAAUAGAGGAAGCCGAGCCGCGGUGAAGAGAAGAAAAGGAAGGAAAUGAGUUCUUCUCACAAUUGGUUGGGUUUCUCUCUUUCCCCUCUGGAGAUGGUGGAACCUUCUAGAACCAUCCAGCCGCCCUCCCAAACCCCACAGCUCUGCCUCCUUGAAGCCUUCACCAACAACGGUUGGUCUUGCUCAGAAGAGCAGCAGGCGACGAGCGACGGGGGCGGUGGCGGAGAUUUCGCCAUGAUGGGGGCGGCGCCCAAGCUGGAGGACUUCCUCGGCGGAGCCUCGCUGGGGAGGUUCCCCGGAGGCUCGUCGCCGGCGCCGGAGUUCCAGGGUGCCCAGCCCUACGACGCGGAUCUGAAACCUAUGGCCGUUUCCGCCGGUGGACUGGAGCACUUCCCCGCCGAGCCACAACAGCAGCAUCGCCUCGGGAGCAGCGGCCACCUGGACGGCGACGGUGGAGCUUUGCCGGUUGAGUCGGUGUCCAAGAAGUCCGUCGAUACUUUUGGUCAGAGGACCUCCAUCUAUAGAGGGGUAACAAGACAUAGAUGGACUGGACGAUAUGAAGCUCAUUUAUGGGAUAAUAGUUCCAGAAGAGAAGGGCAAACUAGAAAAGGAAGACAAGUUUAUUUGGGUGGGUAUGAUAAAGAGGAAAAGGCAGCACGAGCGUAUGAUCUUGCCGCUCUGAAGUAUUGGGGUCCGACUACCACGACUAACUUUCCGGUAUCUAACUAUGAGAAAGAGCUAGAGGAGAUGAAGAAUAUGACUAGACAAGAGUUUGUUGCAUCUCUUAGAAGGAAAAGUAGUGGGUUCUCUAGGGGGGCUUCCAUCUACAGGGGGGUCACAAGACACCACCAACAUGGAAGAUGGCAGGCGAGAAUAGGAAGGGUAGCGGGAAAUAAAGACCUCUAUUUAGGAACUUUCAGUACCCAAGAAGAAGCAGCUGAGGCAUACGACAUUGCAGCUAUUAAGUUCAGAGGUCUGAAUGCUGUAACAAAUUUCGACAUGAGCAGAUAUGACGUGAAAAGCAUAGCCAACAGUAAUCUACCCAUUGGGGGAAUCUCUAACAGGAACUGUAAGAGCUCAGACUCGUCUUCGGAUAAGAGCAUUGAAGGGAAAGCCAUGGAUGACCACGAAUCACAAGCAAGCAUCCCCUUCGCUGUAACUGUCAAGCCAGAGAACGAAUGGCCCUACUCCUCGUACCACAACACUACUCAGAGUCCUAAUGCCCCUGCCUUCCUCAAUCACUCACAGGUUGAAGCCCAUGCGGCCAUGAACUUCCCCUCGUCGUCUGGUUUCCAACAGAAUAAUAAUGGCUACCUCAACCAUGGGAUGCUGAUGCAGAAUCCGUCAUCGCCGGCCGAUUCAAUGACGCUUUCCACCGACCCUCUUGCGGCGGCAGCGGCACGAAACCUGUACCACAUGUACCAGCAGCCAUCAGGCUACAUGAGGACAAGCGGCUAUGAAAAUUCUGCUGGUUACACUAAUUGGGUUGCUGCUCCCGUGCAAUCAUUUCAAGAUUCAAGGCCCAAUCUCGGAGUUUUGCAGACACCCAUCUUCAGUAUGGAGUGAAAGAUGAAACCAUGAAGAAGAAGGUAAUAGUGGAAUGUGAAAUCACAGAUGCUAACAUGCUUAGGGCUGCAGUAUGACAUGAAUACAUCUGACCCCAUUUAGAGUUCUAGUUGCGAAAGAACAAGACUAACAAAAAAUCACACUCUGGAUCAUGUUUUUCCUUUCUUUUUUAUAGACACUCUUCGGCCUUGUCUCUAGUUUACUUUCUGAUCAGAUGUAGUAUUCCGUUUCAUUAUGUUUCGAAUUUCGUAUCUUUCUGUCCUUAUGCAAUGUAAACUCCACAGAAGAGAAAAUAAAAAGAAAGAAAUAUCAGUA